AUGAGCGAGAGCCCCGGGGCGAGCCAAGCGACCGACGGAGGCCGCGCGGCCCGGCGGAUGGGGCGGACGAAGGAGUGGGAGUGCAGCAUGUGCACCCUCCUGAACGGCUACCAGCGGAAGACGUGCGCGGCCUGCGGGGCGGCGCGGCCGGACGCGCCAUCGGACGCGCUCUCCCAGCUGUCGCAGGCGCUGCCGACGAAGCCCAAGAAGCGCCUCCGUCUGAGCAUGCCAGCGGCGCCUAUGAUGAGCCAGUUCGAUCCCCCAGCGCCGUCGUCGCCCGAGCAGAAGCGACCGCGGACCCAAGAUCCGGGCCAGCGGGCGCUGCGCGGAGGAACGGCGAGUGGCUGGGGCGCUUCCCAGACAGCGGCGCCCGAACCCAACAUCAACGACGACGACGACGAAGAGAAACGACCGCCACCAGCGCGACUAGAAGCCUCACCAGCACCGCCAAGCCUUAAAGUGCCGGCUCGAGCGACAAAAAAGGCCGGCUUGCUGCGGCCAUGGGCGCCGGCCCUGCCCAAAGACGAGCUCGUCCCUCAAACACCGCCGCAGAACGACCCGGAAGAAGCGUCUACAGCUGGAAACCCGCGUCUGCUUUCCAUCGAGCGACCCCGGCCGCUCGGCAGCUUCUUUUUCGGUGCCAAGUCGACUGUGGUAUUUCCCAGACUGCAGAGGACAGUAGUGCGACCCACCGAGACGCCAGCGUCGACAACCGCAGCACCCCCGACCCUUCCGGCCUUGACGCAGUCGAACGGUCCGCACACGGCUGCCGACUUAAUGGGUCGUUGGAUGGCAGCGCCGCGCAAGACUAAGCCGCCGCCCGUCGUCGAGACGCCACGACCCGAGCCGGAGCAGUCAGAGCUACCGGACCCCGAGAUACCCGACUCGGUACAACCAGACCACGUACAAGCGCACGAGGCGCCCCCCGAGCCGAUACCGUCGCCAAGAGCUCAACCAUUGUACGAAGACGAUCCACCGGCCGCCGAUCUCGACUACGAUCAUGGGCUGGACCUGACGCCGUCGGACGAUGGCCCUGCUGCGAGCGACGACCCGGAGCCUGCAUCUGCCGUCGUCAAGAGCGAGCGACCGUUUGUGGCGCCUGCGCUGGACACGGACGACGGCGAAGCGCCGAAUUUUCAGCUGCUCGAUUUCGCAAACAUGCCUGCUGCGCCGGUCGCUGCCCCAACGUUCAACCUGCUGCCACCCGAGAGUCCACCUCAAUUCAACAUGCUGGGCAUGGUGGCCCCACCGGCAAUCGAAUCGCCACCAGCCUUUUCCUUGGUGCCGCCACAAGCCGCUGUGACGAGCCCCGUACCUUACACUAGCGUGGCCCGAACGAUACCGGAUGAUGAUAUUGUGGCAUCCCCACCACGGCUUUCCGUGGUGAACCGCGCUGCGUACGAUUCGUCUCCCGAAUCCCCGCUUCAUCGACCAACUCUGGUGGAGAGGCCAAAGCGUCCCGUCGUCGCCUCGCCAGCACGAGCUCGGGCGCCAUUGCCCGACAACGUGGUCGUGACGCCGCCUCGUAGCGCUCGUCGGUCGUUCUUCCAGGACGACGCUGGCGUCGACGCCGACGACGACGAGAUCGACUCGCCCGUUCUUGCCUUGUCCGGUCGUAAGGCAGGUCGGCCGUCGCCGUUUGCCAAGAUGCGCCAAGUGGGACUCCUCGACGACUCGAGCGAAGACGACGACGAGAAGGACGUCGUUAUUGUGCCCCGGCGCCUCCGCAAACCACUCGCCCACGAGUCGCGAACGAGCCCCAGUCCGCGAAGAAGCCCCGUGCGCCGACGUGCCCCCGUGGUCGACAGCACACCACUGGAGAGUCCCAUUCGAUCACACGGACUGUCUCCAAGAAGCAGCCCGCUCCGCCCCCGGCGGCUGGUUUCGUCGCCGAGCAGCCUGCCAAGCAGCCCCGUUCGCCACGGCUGGAAUUGCGAGCAGUGUACCUACGUCAACGAAAACCCGAACGGUCUGGCGUGUGCCAUAUGUGCUGCACCGAGAAAGAUCGCGGCCGACGCUGCAAGCGUGCGGAACGACGUGCCGUGGACGUGCAACAUUUGCACCAACGUCGAAGGCAAGGACCCACACAAGUGCACGCUCUGCGAUUCGUCCCGAGAGAACGACGGGUCGUCGCAAGUGCUGUUGAGGGACGUGGACGACGACGGCGAGGACAUGUUCCACUUUGGUGACGACUCGAACGACGAGGCCGCGGCCGUUGUGGACUUGACCAAGCCCCGCGCCGUGGCCAAGUUUUACGACUCGGAUUCGAUCGAAGACGUCUCGGACAAUGAGGUCGUCGCGAUGCUGCCCUCGGCCCGGGACAUUCCGCCGGCGCUGCGCGAGUUCAAGCACUUUACAUCGGUCGCGAGUCUGCAAGCGCGUCAAACCGCGAGCGACCCGGGCAUCGACUACCUCAACAUGUUUGGUGCCAACCGGAACGGCAAAAGUUAUGGCGAUCGCCGCGUCAAGCGCCAGCGCGAGUCCAAGAAGCGACUGGAAGAGCAACGGCGCAACCCCGAUGCCGGCUUUGAGUCGGGCAAGCCCUCGAAACGCGGCAAGAAGGGCGGGAAAGGCGCGCGCUACAGUAGCAAGUCCAAGAAGGCAUCGCCCGUCGCCACCUUUCGCAGUGCCAAGUAUGCGAUGCCGGCGUCGUUUUCGUUGGCCAGUGCGUCCGGCAAGUCGUCGACCAAGUCGGGCAAGCGCAAAGCCUCGGCGGAUGCGUGGCUCAGCCGGUCAGCGCCAAGCUCGUCGGGACCCGUCGUGCUGUCCAACACGACGUUUGAGCCGCGUGGCAAGACCAAGUCGAUGCGCGUCGUUGACGGCGGUAUGGAUUUUGCCAACGUCGGGCCGCCUGCCGCCCGCCGGCCGUCCGGUCCCGUCGAGUUUCGAUCGUCGGACCUCGCCACAUGGGAAGGCAAAGGGUCGCUGCAUUUCGGCUAA